CCCAGUUUUGGGGGUCUGGGGUUGAGGGGAAAAGGGGGGUUCGCCCCUCUUGCUGGCAAAGAGGUGGGAUUAGAGGAGGUGGAAGGGGGAGCCCCUCGGAGGAGCGGAGAUGCUGCCCUGGCGCCGGAGCAAGUUCGUGCUGGUGGAAAAUGAACGUAAGUGCAAAGGGAAAAGCCUGGGGCCGGGGUUGAGCUACGCGGCGUUGUUGGCCGGGUUCCUGCGCUCCUGCCCAGACCUCCUGCCCGACUGUCCCCUCGAGCGGUUGGGCAGCAUCUUCCGUGGCAAACGUCAGAAAGUGGAGCUGAACAAGGAGGACCCGACGUACACGGUGCGGUACCUGGGCAACGCCGUCACCCUGCACGCCAAAGGGGAGGGCUGCACGGAGGAGGCGGUGGGCAAGAUCUGGGCCAAGAGCGACGCCGGGGCCGGCGGGGCUAAGAUGAAGCUGACGUUGGGACCCCAAGGCAUCCGUAUGACCCCCUGCGAGAAGGGAGCCCGCCGGCCGGGCCACGCGUACCUCCUGCACCGCAUCACCUACUGCGCCGCCGACCGCCGGCACCCCAAGGUCUUCGCCUGGGUUUACAGGCACCAGGUGAAGAACAAGGCCGUGGUUCUGCGUUGCCACGCCGUCCUGGUCUCCAAAGCCGACAAGGCGCGCGCCAUGGCCCUCCUCCUCUACCAGACCUCUGCCUCUGCCUUCAACGAGUUCAAACGCCUCAAGAGGCAGAACGAUUUCCGUCACGUCCAGCAGCAGCUCCUGGGCGACGCCAUCGUCCCCUUGGUGCCCCUCCGCAGGCUGCUCAACGCCAAGUGUCCCUACCGCCCGCCCGCCGAGAGGGCCCGCUGCGCCCCCCGCCUCAGCUCCAUCCUGGAGGAAGAGGAGGAGGAGGUGGCCUUCGGCACCGGGGCACCCCGAGGGGAUGGGGGUCCCACCGCCGUGCUGCGGUUGGCCAGGGAGAUGAGGGGGUGCAGCCUGCGUGGGCCUCGGCCCCCGACGUGCUGAGCCACAACGGCGGGUCACCCCGUUUUUGGGGACGAGGUUGCCCUCCCUGCACCCCAAGAUGAAGUCGGACCCUCCUCGGGGAUGAAUCUGGACGAGACGGCGGCUUCGUUUCUAAGGAAGACCCCUUGGUUUGGGGGGGUUUGCACCCCAGGGACCCCCCACAACACCCCCCACACGAACCUGCACUUGUGCCUCCUCCGCAGCGGCCAUAAUAAAGUCGAUGUGUGUUUUCUGUGGUGUAA